CGAACUUCUAACCUGCACGUAAACAAAAACAGUUUAAAUUUUCAUAAACUGCUUAACGUUUAAAGACGUGUUCAAAAUUUUCAGAAACUAACACUUACUCUUGAAUUUAAUGUUCACUUCAAUAUUAUUGAUGACAAAUAAUGGAGAAUAAAUUGAAACGAUAUGAAAAAAUUGAAUUUCUUGGAGAAGGACAAUUUGCAACAGUGUAUAAAGCUAGAGAUGUAGAAACUGAGAACAUAGUGGCCGUAAAAAAAAUCAAAAUAGGUAGUCGACAAGAAGCUCAAGAUGGAAUAAAUAGAACAGCUUUGAGAGAAAUAAAGCUCCUCCAAGAAUUGCACCAUAAAAAUCUAAUUGGCCUACUAGAUGUGUUUGGGCAUAUGUCUAAUGUUUCACUUGUUUUUGAUUUUAUGGACACAGAUCUUGAAGUUAUAAUCAAAGAUAAUAGUAUCAUCAUCACGACUGCCAACAUAAAAUCAUAUAUGUUACAGACACUUCACGGUUUGGAAUUUUUACACUUGAACUGGAUACUACACAGAGACUUGAAACCAAAUAAUUUGCUUGUGAAUUCAAGUGGAGUUCUGAAAAUAGGAGAUUUUGGAUUAGCCAAGUUAUAUGGAUCUCCAAAUCGAAUAAAUACCCAUCAGGUUGUUACACGGUGGUACCGAGCGCCUGAACUUUUAUAUGGUGCAAAACAAUAUAGCACUGGUAUUGAUAUGUGGGCAGUAGGUUGUAUAUUAGCUGAACUAUUACUAAGAGUUCCUGUGUUCCCAGGAGAAUCUGAUUUGGAUCAACUAACAAAGAUUUUUGGAGUAUUAGGAAACCCUACCGAAGAAAAUUGGCCGGGAGUGAAAAGUUUAACGGACUACAUAGAAUUCAUACCUUUCACUCCUAUUCCCCUCAAGAAUAUUUUCACUGCUGCUGGGGACGAUUUAUUGGAUUUACUGGAGGGUCUCCUAGUUUUGAAUCCAAUUAAAAGAAGAGAAUGUACAGAAUGUUUGCAAAUGCCAUUUUUCAGCAAUAAACCCGCUCCAACUCCUGGUUCUAAACUGCCACUACCCCAGUGUAUAAAAAAGGUUAAGGAAAAUGAGAAACCUUCUUUGAAGCGGAAAAUAUUAGAUGCUGCUGAUGGGGGAACCUUGUCGAAAAGGUUAUUUUUUUAACAUAGAGGUUUGAAAAAUUAAUCUAUAGAAUUUUUAAAUAAUCAUUCCUAACUUAAAAAAUGAAUUUUGUAAAUUUUUUUUUUCGUAUUUCAGAAUAAGUAUGGGUUAACUCACUGAUUUCAGUUUGUUGUUUUGUUGAAAAUAAUAAAAAAAUGAAACAAGA